GAGCAACCUGAGUGCACACAGCAUGUUUUGUUUGAGCACGCCAGCUUAAUAUUAACUCGGCUAGGAGAGGGUAGUGAAUGGCAGAAAGCCUGCAGCUGACUUCGGUGUGUCACAACAUUAUUUGCUGAAGCCUGGCAGUUUGCUUGUGGUUUGAAUCAGUGUCAUCUUACAUCCUGAGUGCUGUGGCUGGGAAACACGGCACCACUGAAUGGACAGGACAUGGGGUCAGACGAGGCCUAUAAUUUUGUCUUUAAGGUGGUUCUGAUAGGAGAGUCUGGUGUAGGAAAAAGCAAUCUUCUGUCCCGCUUCACCAAGAACGAAUUUAACCAUGACAGCCGCACCACCAUUGGGGUGGAGUUCAGCACACGGACAGUGCAGAUCGGUGGCGUCACCAUCAAGGCCCAGAUCUGGGACACGGCCGGGCUGGAGCGGUACCGCGCCAUCACAUCUGCCUACUACAGAGGAGCGGUUGGAGCUCUGCUUGUCUACGAUAUCACCAAACACCUCACCUACGAAAGUGUGGCACGUUGGCUGAAGGAGUUGUAUGAACAUGCCACACCCAACAUUGUGGUUAUGCUGGUGGGCAACAAGGCCGACUUGGCCACGGAGAGAUCUGUGCCAACUGAGGAGGCCAAAGACUUUGCAGAUAAGAAUGGUCUGUUGUUUGUGGAGACUUCAGCCUUGGAGUCGACUAAUGUGGAGGUUGCAUUUAAUAGUGUCCUAGCAGAGAUUCACAAGAAGGGGAGCAAUAAGGAGCUGAAUCAGGGCUCUGUCAGUACUUUUUCCCUGAACAGUGCUGGAUCCAGAGGAGAAAGUGCAAAGGAGUCACAACCGUGCUGCAGGAACAUAUGAUCUGUCCGCUUCACAAACUCAAAGGCUUUGGGGUCAGUGAUGGGCAAAGUCCUUUUCACGCAUCCCUAUACAAGACCCCUUCUUAACAGGGGGAGGCUGACCAGGCGACGAUGGUUACCAAUAUUACUGAUCCCAGUGUUGGCACUUUGAAAUGACUCAUACACAGCUUGUACAAUUGGCAUGAUUUGUUUUGUUUUUUUAAACAUAUACACAUAUGUGUGUGUCGGAAAAAGCCUCAUCAGCCUCUUCAGAGUCCCUGUUGACUGUGUGAAGAAAGGUCAAAGGUGUUACCUGUGGGAUGUCCGUCAGUGCAGAGGUUGUGUUCAUCAUAUGUUUUAAAUGUAAAUGACACAUUGACACUUUCAUGUAUUCUUUAAAUUAAUAGUUUCAUUUCUGGCUAACAUUUUAAGUGCUGAGGGUGUUGUGCAUGCAUUGAGUUCUUCAGCUGAUCAUCUAAAAGGAGAUUGAUUCUUGUUUUUUUGUUGUGAAAUAAAUUAUUUACUGAGACAACUA